AUGCUUCCAAUUAUGAAAAAACUCGGAACACUACAUCUGAAAAAAAAAGAUAGCAUCCCUCUCAACGAAAUUAUCUUAAGUGACGAUCCAGCCAAAUGGGUGUUAAGUGAUUUCGUUCGACAUCAUGUAGCUGUACAUGGAUGCAAACAAAAUAUGAACCUCAAUUUUGAGAGUUCAAAAAGAAAAUAUGAUGGAGUCUCAAGAUAUCUAUCGCGAGGAUUGUUCACAAGGAAACUUCGCAAUGGAGAAGAAAUAUCUCGCUCUUGGCUCGUUUUUUCAGAAUCGCAAGGUACCGUUUUUUGUGUACCAUGCCUUCUAUUUGAUCUUGAUUGUUCUUUUAAUGGAAGGAACGGUUUCAUUGUCUGGAAACACGCGGGUUCUAGUGUUUCUGAUCAUGAAAAUUCUCGCUGCCAUACAGAAAAUGUCUUUAAGCUAAAGCAAUUAGCUAACACUCAAAACAGAAUCGAUGGCAAUUUAACCUCUCAACUUGAGGGGGAGAUUUCCUAUUGGAAAAGUGUUUUACGUAGAGUUGUUUCAGCUACAAAAAAUUUAUCUUCGCGUGGUCUUGCGUUUAGGGGUAGCGAUGAAACAUUAGACUCACCAGAUAAUGGCAACUUUCUAAUGCUGAUCGAAUUUCUCGCGGAAUUUGAUCCUUUUAUGAAGGAUCACAUCAGGAAGUUUGGCAAUAAGGGCUCUGGUAGAACUAGUUAUUUAACUAAAUCAACGUAUGAAGAAUUUCUUGCGUUGAUGGCGGAAGCGUUGUCAAAAACUAUAAUUGAAGAAAUUAAAAAAGCGAAAUAUUAUUCCAUAAUAGUAGAUUCAACACCUGAUGUAUCACACGUAGACCAACUUGCCUUCGUAAUUAGAUAUGUCACUGACGAUGGUGAUCCGGUAGAACGUUUUUUGUUAUUCGUUAAGAAUCCCGGGCAUAAGGGCAUGAAUUGGCAGAUGCAGUGGUUUCUACUUUGGAGGCUUUCGGCCUGA